AUGAGCCACCAAACCUGUAUGAGUUUACCACAUAAACACAAUGUGCUGAAGACAUCCGUCAAUCAAGGGAAAGGAAAACCUAAGUCUUGUCCUACAACCUCUACCAACGCCAGGUGCGAUGCGGUGACCUAUAGUAAAGUGAGGACAUCGUCCCAAAAAGUGAAGCGUUUCAAAACCAGGAAGGAGAGGAAUCAGAUUCGAGGUUUGGAGAGAAACGGAUCUCACGCAUGCCCUCAACAUAGCAGAAAGGUUGGCAGUGGGAAAUCACAGCAUCAUGGGUUCCACCAAAGCCAUUCAGUCGUUUCAUCUAGGAAAGAAAAGACGUUCGCUAAGCCAUUUGUUACCCAGAAGCCAAGCAUCAUAACUGCAGGACGCCUCACCUCCAUCCGAGGUCUUUUCAGCCAUGAGAUUAGAUCUUUAGACAUUGAGAGACUAGUAAGUGAUCAACUAAAGAAUGAGAAGCAGAGAAAAGAUCACAGAAAACAAGUUACAUCUCCGCUGCCUCCUCAUCCGCCCGAUCCAGUGCCUGAAUCAGACCAAGACUGCGCUCUUGAUGAAGUACAGGAGCCACAGGAAUUAGAAAAUAAUGCAUCAUCAUAUGUAAGAGCAAAGAAAAGUUCAGAUAAAGAAAAUGCCUUUCAGACUAAUAAAGAAGUCACGGUACACAUGGAAUCAUCUACACAUAGAAAGAAAAGCAAAAAAGAAGAUACAAAUAUCAACUCAAGGCCUGAUAGUUCAAAUAGCCCUAAUGGAUCUUAUGAGCUUUGGUCAUCAUCUGCAAACAAACUGCCAUAUCAGUUAUGUUCCACUCCUGUCAAAGGCAUCAAGAUUUACUCUGAUUUUCCAGAAAUAGACUCUCCCAUAUCACCACAUGAAAAUAACAAAGUAAACAUUGAAGUUCCACCAAACAAAAGUGAUCCUUCUUUAUCUGAACUUGACUCUGGGACUGGUACAUUGACAUGUAAUGGUCCUGAAAGAGAGCAGAUAUCGGUGUCUGUCAGGGAAGCUGUGAAAAAGCUGUCAGCACGUGUGUGCCAAACACUUGAGCUUAAUGUUCCCAAACGCUCCCUGCUGACAGAAUGUAGAGAGGUGCUACUGAAGACUCUACAAAAAACACACAGCUUCCAUCUACAGGAUAACCUGCGCAAGCUACAUUCAUUAAAAAAUGGGAAGCAGACCGACAGUUUUGGUUCAGGACAGACUCAUGAAGACUGCUCAUAUGUACAUUUUAGCCAUGGAGUGAAAAAUGAGGAUAGUGAACACAGCAGGAAUAUGGAAAUAUGGAAAGACCAUUUUACACAACAAGAGGAAGUUAAGCAAGACUUGGACAGAGAUGCAUCCAUGAAGAAGCGCAGAGUACAAGCUGAGAGGAUCUUAUCCCCUCCAGUCUCAAUAAUACAACCAUUUCAAUCACAUACAGAAAUGUUUGAUCAGUUGAGGACAGCUAGAUUGUCUCGGGAUUGCUUCAGAACUCAGCAUUAUCCCAGCACACCUGUCUUUCGGCAGGACAAGUAUGCCUCUCCCAUAUCCAGCGUCCCCACUUGGACCAGUCAUCCUUAUGAACCCGGUUUCCAACAGCUGUUCGGGGAUUCACAGAGGAAAUGUGAAAGUACGAAAAAUGUAGGUUUCGAUCUCAUCUCUCACCAGUGGAAAGAAAACACAGAUCCUUUGUUUAAUUCAUAUUACAAAUACCAGAAUACAGAACAGAAACCACAGGAGACAUUUUUGGGACGGUCAAGCUGCUGGUCUGAUCAACUGCAAGUUCAGGAUGUAAGAGAACGGUGGGCUCCCAUCUCAUUCUCAGCAUCCUUUCCCUCAGAAGGGUUUCGAUAUAAGCCCUAUUAUCGCUUUCCACAUCCAUCUAACUCUCAACAUGGGUCAGAUUUGCUUGAUAUGAAUCUUUAUCACAGAUCCAAUACAGAUAGUGUACUUUAUCGUCAUUGGGAAUGAUAUGGUUAAACUAAAAACAGGUCACAGUUGGAUAAACAACAAGUUUCUGCUUUGAGUAAUUUUAUAGUUUAUUUUUUUGUAACAUCUGCAUGUGAAUCACUUCUUCAUAUGAUUUAGAGUUGAAAGUUUAGCAUACUCAUAUUAUGUAUAAUUGUGAUUCUUCAUGCAAAUUCUGGUAUAUUGAUAACACGGAUAUUACGGAUGAUUGGAAAGAAUGCAGUAGCUGACACAAAUAUCGAAUGCACUGCACAUUAAUUUUAAUUUAUUUCAUUU